UGAACAGUUAAAUCUAGAAGGAGAACGUGAUAUGCAAAGUUAUAUUUCUGUGUAAAUUAAAAACUUUUUCAAAUUUUAUUGAUAAUGGAUAUGUUCAAUACAACUUCCUUUUUUAUUGAAGUCAUGCCUCCAAAUAUAUCUACCCUAGCAACUACCACAGGACCACAAUUUGCAAGUCAGUUAAUGCGUUUUAAUAAUCAAACAGUAGUUAGCAAAGUACCUGAAGAGGUGUUACAUUUAAUUGAUCCAUAUUGGUACCAAUUUCCUCCAUUGGAUCCAUUAUGGCAUAAGGUUUUAGGCUUAGUCAUGAUUAUAUUAGGUAUUAUGGGAUGGUGUGGAAAUGGUGUAGUAGUUUAUGUAUUUAUAAUGACACCAUCUCUAAGAACACCAAGUAAUCUUCUUGUAGUGAAUCUUGCUUUCUCUGAUUUUAUUAUGAUGGGUUUCAUGUGUCCUCCUAUGGUAAUUUGUUGUUUUUAUGAAACAUGGAUUCUCGGUUCUUUAAUGUGUGAUAUAUAUGCAAUGGUUGGAUCAUUAUGCGGAUGUGCUUCCAUUUGGACAAUGACAGCUAUUGCUUUAGAUAGAUAUAAUGUUAUAGUAAAGGGUAUGUCUGGGACACCCCUUACCAUCAAGAGAGCUAUACUUCAAAUUUUAGGUAUCUGGUCUUUUGGCUUGCUAUGGACAGUUUUACCUUUAGUAGGAUGGAACAGAUAUGUUCCAGAGGGUAAUAUGACAGCAUGCGGAACAGAUUACCUUACUCAAGAAUGGAGUUCUAAGUCGUAUAUAUUAGUUUAUUCUGUUUUCGUUUAUUACACUCCAUUGUUCACUAUUAUUUAUAGUUAUUAUUUUAUUGUAUCGGCUGUUGCGGCACAUGAAAAAGCAAUGAAAGAACAAGCGAAAAAGAUGAAUGUCGCUUCCUUACGAUCUGGAGAUAAUCAAAAUACUAGCGCUGAGGCAAAAUUAGCAAAGGUUGCACUAACGACAAUAUCGCUAUGGUUUAUGGCAUGGACGCCGUAUCUUGUAAUCAAUUAUAUUGGAAUAUUUAAUCGAUCUUUAAUAACACCCCUCUUCACGAUAUGGGGUUCUCUUUUUGCAAAAGCGAAUGCAAUAUAUAAUCCAAUCGUGUAUGGAAUUAGUCAUCCAAAAUAUAGAGCCGCAUUAAACGAGAAGCUGCCCUUUUUAGUAUGUGGUUCAACAGAAGACAAGACUGCUGCAUCUGCAGGGGAAAAAUCUUCAGAAGCUGGUGGAAACUCGUAAAAUGAAGGAGUGCUUGCAGUUUGAAAGGGAAUAAUUAAGCUUAAAUACAGUUGCUUGCAGAAUUUAUUUGCUUUUAUAAAAUUAAGGUACAGAUGCGAUGCUCCCUUCAUAUUUUACGAUAAUGUGAUGUGCUUACUAAUCUAGUAAACAUAGAGCUGGUACCUGCUAUACCAAAGUGAUCAUGUACACUGUUACACAAUAAAUGUACAAAAUUAAAAUCAUGCCUAUGAAUCAAUGUUAUGUGAUUUGCAUUGUGGUGAAAUGCGAAUCGUACAUUCAGUCACAGGUGAUUAAAAUAUUGCUCAUUUAAUAUACAAUGAUUUCCGUAUACUGGAGUUUUCUCUCAUCGAAUUAGAUGUGCUGUUUGUUAGGCUGUACUUUCAAAUUUUUGAACACAUUCAAUUUAAAUAAAUUGUUUUAAGUUUGAAUUUUUGACCGAACAUAUUCUCGUUAUCAAUAAAAAAGUUUCUUAAUGUUACAUCAAGUGUUAAUAUUUACAAAUCGUGUCUGUAAUUUAGGUCGAUAUUAUCCUUACCUAAUCAGGUAUAUUUUAAUCUAUAGUUUUCGAGAAAUGUAAAAUGUCGUCGUGGCAUAUUGUUUUAUGCACUAGAUUUUUCAUUUUCCGCAACGGUCGUGGUACCAGAAACAGUCGAUGUAGCGUCUGUAGGUGCUGUUUCAGCAGCGCAUGCCAAUGAUGGGAAUUUCGCGAACAGCGCAAG